CUCUCUCACUCACACACACCUCAGUGAAAGCCUCUCACAUUCCCACAAGCGUUGAAACGCUUUGGAGGAAUUGGAUGGAUCUGCCUUGUCUUUCCCCGGCUCAGGAAUAAAAACACGCUUUUUACUCGCCGAUUUUUAAACUGCUUUUAAAAGGCAACAACUUGCUGCUGAGAUUUUCUUUCGAACCCGUGUCUUUCUUUCUCUCUUUUUUUGACAUAAAAUCAAGUUUUUUUUGGACGCGAAUAUCGGGAUAGCGUAGAGUUUUACGCAUUAAAGCCAGGAGGGACAUCACAUCAGCGGCUUUGUGGUCUUUUCCCCUCCCAAUCAAACAAGGAAUGUUUCACCGCUGGGGAUUUACAACCUGAGUGUUUACGACUUUAAAUAGGCGGAAUGUGUUAAAGGAUUUUCCUUCAGUCGUAAUUAGGAGCGCGUCUCGCCGCCCUCAUUGUCCUGAGCGCGCAUUCUCUCCAUAUGGCGUAAAACGUGCUCCGCGCUCAAUAAAGUCACCAAAAGAGACACUUUGAAAGCUCACAGACCAAAUUUGACCCGGGUAAGCUGUAAUAAUGACAUCGUAUCGACUCCAUUAAGGACCCUGGUUGUGAGUAAAGACUGUGCUGCUGUUUCCAAACCCUGCAUGGGAGCUGGACUGCCCCCCCCCCCACUCCCUGUCAGCUGAAUUUUCUCCGGAAUGGCAUUUCACUGGAAGUAGCCUUCAAAGUGGAAGAUGGCUUUUUACCUUCCCUCAAGUUACAGCCUAAUCCCCCUGCUUGACUAAUGGCACAGUGACAGUGAAAACUCGGCUUAUUUGCAAAGGUUGGUUCAGUAUGACUGCAGCAGCAGGUGUGCUAACAGGCUUGGCUAAGCUAAAACGCCAAGACUCUGCCCGCUCUCAGCACCGGCCCAUACCACCUGCAUCACCAGGCCUGGGAAACCCCGCCCCAGAGGCUGUCCCCAGAAAGCGAAAACGACGCACAGAUGUUGUGGUUGUACGCGGUAGGCUCCGCCUCUAUUCUGCCUCUGGGUUUUUCCUCCUCCUGGGUCUGGUCAUCCUAGCCAUAGGGAUCGGCAUGGCAACACUGGGUUACUGGCCACACAGUGAAACCAUGCCCUCGGCCAAAUCGCAGACUGGAGGAGGAUCUAAGAUACCACCUGACGGGGGAGCUAAAACAUCUAUCACAGGUGAAGGAAAUGGAGCCAAGAUGGCCGUCACAGAUGGGGACGUGGCAAACUCCAGCACUAGUCAUAACGUGCAUGGUACGCCCUCCAAGCAGACUGGGGGCGCUCUGACGAGGUUCCUGGAACAGCAUCGUCACUCCGAGAGGAUGAAGAUGUUUGGGCCUUUCACCAUGGGAAUUGGAAUUUUCAUCUUCAUCUGUGCUAAUGCCAUCCUUCACGAAAACAGAGACAGAGAAACUAAGAUAAUCCAUAUGAGAGACAUGUACUCCACAGUCAUCGACAUCCAUCGCCUCAGGCAGAGAGAGCAGAAGCAGCACCAUCACCGCAACAGCACCUAUGCAAGAGAAGUUGGGGAUCUUCGAGCCUUCGGAUCUGAUAACGCAGCACGGUUGGGCAGCAACUCCCUCCUUGCUUUCUCCUCUCGGGCUGGAGGCGGAGGGUCUACAGAAGAGGAGGAGGUGCUGUUAGGUGACGAGGAGUUUCACAGACACAGGGAGCAGGCAAAGCUGGACUGUAGCUUUGCGGGGCUGCUGGCGCCGCUCUACAAGGAUCGUUCCUUCUGUGGCCCGGGGCUGGGGAUGGCUCGUUCGGAUUCGGUGCGCCAUCAGUGGUCAGUGGACGGAGAUGCGGAGAGGGGAGGACACCACGCACGCUCUAUUGUCUCCUCCUCUAUCUCUGCAUUUACUCUCCCGGUCAUAAAACUCAACAACUGCGUUAUUGACGAACCGGAGAUGGAGGCGAUUACUGAGGAGGAUAGAGGAGGAGAGAGAAGAGACAGAGAGAGGCAGCCUCUGAGCUCCAUGGAGUCUCUGGUUGUUCCUGUAGCAUCUGUUGCCAAGGCCUCGAAACCACCAGGCUUACACCGGAGUAACUCCGCUUCCUCGUCCUCCCACUGCUCCUCUGUCUCCUCUACCUCCCUCUCCCCUGCUCCCUCUUCUACCUCAGGCUGCUGGCUCUCCCCGGGAGCAGCAAGGACUGACUUUGGCUCUAACUCCUCUCUGCACAUGCUCAGCAGCCACUCCAAAUCUCUGGACUUGGAGCGCGGGCCAAGCAUGCUCAGCGUGCGCCCAGAGCAGCGGAAGCACCCCAGCUGGCCCCGCCUCGACCGUAGCAACAGCAGCCGCAGUAACAGCGGCAAAGGGGGCAGCAGUAAAGGCUACAUGCGGCUGGAGGACAGGGAAGAGCAAGGGGAGCGGCUAUUAGACAUGUCAGCGGCCAUGGCAGCGAGACGCGACUACAGUAAGCGGGAAAAGCUGCUAAUGAUAUCGAGGUCGCAUAAUAAUCUGAGCUUUGAGCACGAUGAGUUUAACAGCAGCACACUGAAGAGGGGAAGCUCUGAGACUCGAUUCUGAGGGAAAAUGAACUGAAGGUUGAAGACAGCUCUGUCCUGUUCUGUAAAUUGCUCUCCAGCCAGUGUACAGCGCGUUGGUGUCAGAGGGAAACUGACGAGUUUAACAGCUGCACCCUCAGAAAGGAAACUCAAACCUUAUUUUGAAGACACUUUUUUAAGCAGCAGGCUGGAGAGUAGUUAGUAAUGGACCACCUUGCCCGGUAAAAGGUAAAGGCCUCACAUCAGCAAGACACUAAAUGCCUAUUGUGCCAGGUCCAGUGGGGCUGUUCUGUAGCCGACCCUGACCUGUGACCUCUGUGGAGGCAGGCAAGUGAAAAAAGAAGGUCCCUACAGGGGAACACAUUGCAUCAUCCGUCUACUUUAUACAAACACAGUUCUAAUAAACCCUCAACCCUCAGACACUUUAGGAUGAUACUGUUUCAUUAUACAAGGUUUCUUUUCUUACUGUGUUAGUUUCAGGUUCAAUUCAAGGACACGCUGGAAGCACUUUGAGCAAGUUUCUUCCUUAGCGGGCAGCAGUGACACAAAGGCAAAUCUUUUAUAACGAGGCCCAGGCACAACCUGAGAAAUGAGCGAGACCAGUUUAAUAUCAGAACAAAAGAAGAUAGUAAUAGUAACAUUCAUGAUCUUUGCUUGUAGGACACCUACAAAAUGCUUAAAAGGGUUGUAUAGAGAGACAUUUUCAACUAAUUUCUAGAGGUUAUAAUGGCAUACUGCAACGGCAAGUCCAAAAGAUAUAGAUAUUAGUGGUAAAUUAUUUGUUUUAAAGGUGGUUCAUGUAUGUUUGUGUGUCUGUCUGAUCUUCAGAUUGUAGCAGAUGUAGAGAUCCACACAAAAAGCAAAGUCAGACAAAAACAUUUAAUAUCAUGUCAUUACACUACAGCACAGAUAUGAGUUCAAAUCAUAAUGCCAGGCUGCAAAAUACAAUAACAGAGUCCUUGUUGCCCCGCAGGCACAAUAUUGCUGCCCUUUCCCAAGAACUAUAGUAAGAGAUUUUGUGUGUCCGCUACUGAAAACUAUAAGUAACAUUGGCUCUGCUACAAACUUAAUUUUUUUACUAGAAAAGAUUUUGAUUGACUUCACUCAGGAUAUGCCGUCUAUUAUUCAUGUGCUGAUCAUUUUUGUAGACCUAUUUACAAACCUAUUCAGUAUUACGCCUCAGUUCCACUAGGCCAGCUCUGUGAUGUCACUCCUCGUGGCUUCAUGCCCCACCAGGAGAGUUUCGCCUGCUCGAUUUUGUUAAUUUUGUUCAGAUUUAGUUGAUUUGGUCAUUUUUCCUUGAUUUAUGUGCUUCUACCAUGGUUAGGCUGUUUCCUUGUUGUCUGUUUUUAUGAUCGGGAGUCUGCACACACAGUGUUUUAUUUUGAAAACUGACAGUAUUCUAAGCAGUUAAGACACUAUACUUGAGUGUGACCAGAGGUACAAUGAAUUAGGGUUGUAACUAAUGAUCAUUUCCAUUACUUAUUUUUUCAAUCAAUGCUCUAUGAAAUGUCAAAAAUACAUGUAAUGACAAAGUCAUAAAAGCAAAAGUUAAAUUAACAAAUAAAAUAAUUACAUUUAAAGGAAUUUUACUUGAUAAAUGACUUAAACAAUUGAUUAAUUUUAAGUCAAUUAACACAUUUUUGGUUCUGCACAAUUGAAAAAUCAAUAUUUGAAACAAAAGUCAGUAUAAAAGAGACCCUGGCGUUUGACUCGAGCUAACAGUAAAUCACCAUGUACACAUUUAUCUUGUGCUUGAGCUGUAAUAUUAAAGUCCAACUGAAAUUAUAUGCCAUUUUUUGUCUGCUACAGCAAACAUAUCUGCUCUGUAAAUCACUUAUCCUGUGUACUUCUACGUGUACGGUCACACUGAGCCAGACAGCAGCCUGCUACACAACACUGACUUUGAACAACCCAAAUUCGCUUCCCUGCUAAAGUCUCCUUCUUUAUCUAACUUACACACAUGAACACAUAUCUUGUCCUGCACUUUAGGCUUGUUGAGCGAGCGACUAAACAAACGUUCACCGGGGAAAAGUGCACUGCUAACGUCAGCUAAUUAGCAGCACAUUAAACAGCAUGUAAACAUACCUGCAAAUGUCACAUGGGUACGGUUAGACACUGGUGUGGUUCUCCCUGAUUUAAAACACUUUUUUUUUUUUUUUACAGAAUGGAAGACUAAAUGAUUGAAUUCAGUUGGACUGUUUCUGCAACUUGUGUCGCUUUUCAUUUAAUUAAUUAAUUUAUUUUUUGGACAGUAUUCAUCAUUUUAUGUUCAGCUACUAAGCAACAUAGUAAUAAUGUCUCAGCAUAUUUAGCUAUUAACAUGUUGACAAGGUAAGUUGUCCCAAACUCGACACGUGAAGACAUUGAUCUUCAGUAUAUGGAGCUGACAUGAUGUCUCCAUAUUGCUCAAUAUCUGUUUAGUUUGUCAGCUACGUUAACAAUACAUUAAGACAAUUAUUAAUGUAGUUAAAACAUCUUCUGUGCUACUUUUAAUGCAACACACAUGAACAAUAAAACAUCAACACCACAUGCGUGUUGAAAAAGGCAGAGCCCUUUACAAGCAGGAAUCUUGGCCAGAGAGCUUCAUUAACUGGUUCCUAGCAGUUUAUGAGUCAAUGUCCAAUUCUAGUCUCUGUCAAAAUAAACUGUAUUUUCACUGAAA